UCGGUUCCCUUCAGAAGACAUCCGCGGACCUACGGGAUUACUCGCUCCGGCUCCCACCUGCACGUGCUCGCGGGACCUUUCCCAUCAGCAGGGACAACACCUAAGACGCACCGGUCCACUUCAUAUGCUCUUGGAGGGAUCUUACCGGAGAUAUGAUAGUCCGUCUGCAGUCACUACUCAGUCUGGUGUUGCUCGCAUUUAUCUCUAGCAGCAGUUCGGAGAGCACUAGGAGCGAAAGGAUAUUCAACCAGUUGCGUCUUAUGCGCUCUUGUGCACACAGAGCCUUGAAUGAGCCUCUUGAAAACGCCACUGGUAUGUGCGACUGGGCAUUCGACGGGUGGACGUGCUGGGAACCAGUGACCGUGGGCACAGCAGCUCGAGCGCCGUGCACUGCUCUGCUUCCAGGGCCGCAUCACACCGCAGGUGCUGCUACUUAUCGCUGCGUGGCGGAUGGUACGUGGGACGAAGGAGGCGCCGACUACGUUGGCUGCACGUCCGCUGCUGAUAUCGAUCCAGAACUGGAAGUACUUCAGUGGAUUGUCCGGGAGAUCGGAGACUUUAUCCCAUGGGAGGUGGGCUCUUCAAGAGGGGAAAAUAUCCUCUGGGAAGAGAAGAUCGGCGACUUCAAAAUAUGUCUGGCGGAUGUAAUACUCAAGCCCUUUCCACAACACGCAGACAAUGGAUCCUACUGCCCUCGAACAUGGGACGGGUGGAGCUGCUGGGACGACACUCCGGCUGGAAGCACCACGUACGCUCCCUGUCCGCGUUUCGUCGCUGGAUUUGCAUCACACAGAAUGGCUCAUAAAGUAUGCAACCCAGAUGGCACCUGGUUCCGGCAUCCGACAACCAAGCACGUCUGGUCAAACUACACUGCGUGUGUGGAUACCCUCGACCUUGAGUUCCGCAAUGUCGUGAACUUUCUCUACGUGGGAGGCUACUUCCUUUCAUUGGUCGCUCUGCUCAUAUCACUUUUCAUCUUUUUUUACUUCAGAUCUCUGCGCUGUCGCCGCAUCACCAUCCACAAGAACUUGUUCAGUUCAUUUAUUAUGAACAAUCUAUGCUGGAUCCUCUGGUACAUCUACGUCAUUGCCCAAUCUCAGGUCAUAGAAGAAAAUCCUGUAUGGUGUCAGGUAUUGCACGUGUUGACGCAAUACUUUCUGGUGUGCAACUACCUGUGGAUGUUCUGCGAAGGCCUCUACCUACACACGCUGCUCGUUAUGGCUUUCAUCACAGAGGAGAAGAUCCUGAAAUGGUUUCUAAUGAUAGGAUGGGGGUUCCCUCUAUUUCCAAUAAUAGGAUAUGCCGUCGCGCGCGGAUUGGACACGGAGUUAUCUAAAAUGUGCUGGUUAGAACACGACGUCUGGUACACGUACAUUCUUAGUGUUCCUGUGUGCCUUUCCAUACUGCUCAGUUUUGCCUUCUUGGUCAACAUUGUUCGUGUCCUCGUCACCAAACUCCGGGCUGUCAACUCUCCAGACAAUGAAAGUACCAGGAAAGCAGUACGUGCCACGGUGAUACUGCUUCCGCUGCUGGGUCUCCAUUACGUGGUCACUCCUUUCCGGCCAGAGAAAGGCACGAUCUUCCUGGCGUACGAGAUAAUCUCGGCUCUUGUCACUUCGCUCCAGGGACUUUGCGUGUCUCUGCUCUUCUGUUUCUUCAAUGGGGAGGUGCUGGCGGCCCUUCGAAAAUGCCUAUCUCAAACGCCAUGCUUUGGGAGCGACGGCCGCCGACUGUCUUAUGCCAACACAAGCAUAAGUGUAAGUUGCCUCAAGAAGUUUAUGCCGCGGCAAAAGGCGAAUGGCAGAAGCCCAUCAGUGUCGCCGAACCACGUGCAACAGACGCUUUUGUGAGUGGCUUCGGCGUGUGUGAGAGACGGAUAUGAAAUCGGUGCCAAACGCUGCACACUUUACGUGUGCGCCCUCGUGUGUUCUGUGCCGUCAUGCUUGUCACAAGGUUACGUGUUCAUGUGCUCAAAAUCCGCGUGAAGGAACAUACGCUUUCAGCGAAAAAAAAAAGAAAAAAAAGAAGAACUCAACGUGAAGUAUACGUGCAGGACACAAUGUGACGCGCGUGCUGGUAGAUCAAGGAAGCGGCGAAACGUCGUGCAGGAAUGUCGGGGGACGAGAAUGUACUGUUUUGAAGUGCAAAGAAGAAACAGAUCUCAGAGUUUAUCCACGUGCUUCUCUCUCUCUCUCUCUCUCUUUUCUGUUUUGUUGUUCUCUGAGAAUGCCUUUGAUGGAAAGCAGUAAAGGAUGUGAGUGAGACAUCAGGGA